AAAACGAACAUUUAUUGCAUUUUUCGAUCUGACUUUUGAGAUUUGCAACUUCAAAAGUUAAUUGUCACAUUAAAUUUCUAUACAGCUUUGUAAUAAAUACAGUUUCAUAAUGCCUAAGAAAAAAACAGGCCAACGCAAAAAAGCUGAGAAACAAAAACAGCGCCAAAAAGAGAUCCGUAAUGCAAGAGAACACGUCGACUUAGCACAGCAUCCAUGCAACCUCCCCAUGGAAUGCGAUAAAUGCCAAAAGAAACAGAAAAGCCGAGCAUUCUGUUACUUCUGUUCUGCAGUGCAGAGACUACCUGCAUGUGCACAGUGUGGAAAAAUUAAAUGUAUGCUCAAGUCUGGUGACUGUGUAGUGAGACAUCCUGGAGUUUUUACCACUGGGCUUGGUAUGGUGGGAGCUAUCUGUGACUUUUGUGAGGCUUGGGUUUGUCAUGGCCGCAAAUGUCUGAACAGUCAUGCCUGCACCUGCCCCUUAGCUGACGCCGUCUGUCUGGAGUGUGAGAGAGGAGUGUGGGAGCACGGUGGCCGAGUGUUCCGCUGCUGUUUCUGCCAAGGCUUCCUUUGCGAGGACGACCAGUUCGAGCACCAGGCCUCCUGCCAAGUCCUGGAGUCGGAAACCUACAAGUGUCAGUCCUGCAACCGCCUGGGGCAGUACUCGUGCCUGCGCUGCAAGACGUGCUUCUGCGACGAGCACGUGCGGCGGCGCGGCGCGCGCGCGGCCCGCGGCGCCGUGCCGUGCCCGCGCUGCGCCUACGCGCUGCACCUCACGGCCGACCUCAGCAUGUCCACGCGCUCGCAUCGCUACGGACGGCAGGGCACGGCCGCCGCCGACGACGACGACGACGGAGACUACGGAGCGGGAUACGAUGGCGAUGGAGGGAUGGAAGGUGGAGAUUAUUCGUACUCGGAAUCAGACGACGACGACGACGACGAAGAAUCUGAGGAGUCAUCUUCUGCUGAGGAAGAAGACGAAGCUGAAUCUGUCCCCUCUGCGAGCAAGACUACCUAGACUACUGAAGCAUUUUACAAGUCGGGUAUCCGCUAAUAUUAUAACUGGAUUCAAACGAAAUAAUUAUGUCAAAUAUACAUACUUUUCCUAAACUAU